GUGUGUGUGUGUGUGUGUGUGUGUGUGUGUGUGUGUGUGUGUGUGAGCUUUGCUCGUAUCAAUGUGUCCGAGUCUCACCGGUCUUCUUCUGUCCUGUCCUGUGCUCUCUCUCUCCUUGUGUGUGCGUGUGCAUGUGUGUCUCUGUGUGUGUGCGUGUGUGUGUUUAGCUAUCGGUGCCCAGCGAAGGAGGAAUCCCGGCGUCGUCGCCUCCGACAUCUUCGAGCCUCACCUGGGCAGCCACAUCUUACAGUCUCUGGACGGGUUCGUAUUUGCACUAAACAAGGAGGGACGCUUCCUGUACAUCUCUGAGACCGUCUCCAUCUACCUGGGACUGUCACAGGUGGAGCUGACUGGCAGCAGCGUCUUCGACUACAUCCACCCGGGCGAUCACGUGGAGAUGGCUGAGCAGCUCGGCAUGAAGCUUCCUCCAGGACGAGGGAUGUCUAUGUCCCAAGGAGCCGUCAACGAAGACGGGGCAUCCUCGGCUUCGUCGUCGUCGCACUCUGAGACCCCCGAACCAGUGGAGUCGAGCAGUCCCAGCCUCCUGGCUCCUGAUAACACCCUGGAGCGCUCCUUCUUCGUCAGGAUGAAGUCGACGCUCACAAAGAGAGGAGUGCACAUCAAGUCCUCAGGAUACAAGGUGAUUCACGUCACGGGACGUCUGCGGAUCAGGAUGGCUUUGACGCACAGCCGCUCGGUGCCCAAUCAGAUCAUGGGGAUGGUGGUGGUGGCCCACGCCCUCCCCCCGCCCACCAUUAACGAGGUCCGCAUCGACUGCCAAAUGUUCGUCACCCGAGUCAACAUGGACCUUAAGAUCGUGUACUGCGAGAACAGGAUCAGCGACUACAUGGACCUGACUCCGGUGGACAUCGUGGGGAAGCGGUGCUAUCAGUUCAUUCAUGCUGAAGACGUGGAGGGAAUCAGACAGAGUCACCUGGACUUGAUGAAUAAGGGUCAGUGUGUGACAAAGUACUACCGGUGGAUCCAGAAGAACAGCGGGUACAUCUGGAUCCAGUCCAGCGCCACCAUCGCCAUCAACGCCAAGAACGCCAACGAGAAGAACAUCAUCUGGGUCAACUACGUCCUCAGUAAUCCAGAGUACAAAGACACGCCCAUGGACAUCGCCCAGUUGCCGAACCUGCCCGAGAAAACCUCGGAGUCCUCGGAAACCUCCGACUCUGAGUCCGAGUCCAAAGAGAACUCUGACAACGAGAACGCCAAGUCUGAGGGGAAGCCAGGCCACCAAUCAGAACGUAGCGAGGACCCCGAGGCUGACAGCAAGCGUCAGCAGCCCGGCCAACCACAUUGCUCCUCGGAACAGGAAAUGAAGCGUCAAGAAGAAGGAGACAGCUCGAGUAACCCUGAGAGCCAGGACAGUGACGACAGUCUUGAACCUUCAGAUGUUGAGGCGGAGGAAGUGGAGGAGGCAAGUGUAGGAGGAGGUGGGGGAGGAGGUGGAGGAGGAAGGCUGGGGAGAUUGACGGGACUGGGAGCGUUAGGGGGACUGGGUGCCAUUGGAGGACUAGGGAAUCUGGGAGGGCUUCAUAUUAAAGUAGAGCACUAUGGAGAGGGGGAGGAAGUACAGCUGCACAACUCUCAAACUUCUUCCUCAGAGGAGGAGGAAGAAGAGGAGGAGGAGGAGGAGGAGGAGGAGGCAGACGAUGGCGGCAUACAAAACUGUGAUGCCGGAAGCAGGCUCCAGAAGAGGCGGAAGAGGAGGAAAGUGCAAAAAUGGGAUGGAUCCCGAAGCAGGAGGCUCCGUCUCUCCUCAACGACGCCAAGCCCUGUUAACAUGGGAGACACCACACCGCUCGUAGACCCAUCCCAAGCCACCAACUCCUCCCAUCUCCUCACCGCAGCCGGCUCCCCAAACAGCCCAUGUGCAUCGUCAGUCCUGAAAAUCAAGACAGAGAUGGCAGAGCCGAUCAACUUUGACAACGACAGCAGCAUCUGGAACUACCCGCCCAACAGAGAGAUUUCCAGAAACGAGUCGCCGUACAGCAUGACCUCCAAACCAGCCGCCCCCGGCAGCCAUGACUCCUUCCCGUCUCCCCAAGGAGGCUCACUGCAGGUAGCGAUUCCCGACUCAGUCCUCACUCCUCCUGGAACAGAGGGAGGCGCAGGAGGAGUGAGGAAGACUCCGUAUAACGGAAGCUCAGCCCCGUCUUCGGCUUCCAGCGCUGCAAGUUUAGCUCCUCCCUCCAGCGCCUCCUCUGCUGACCCCCUGUCCCCUCCUCUCUCUGCCUCGCCACGGGACAAGCAACAAGGCACCCCCACCACCUCCUCCUCUUCUUCCUCUUCGUCGUCCUCCUCGUCGUCCUCGUCAACCUCCUCUUCCUCACUGUUGUACUCUGGCGAACUCGAGGCGCUUCAGCGUCUGCAGGCUGGUAACGUGGUGCUCCCGUUGGUGCACCGCGUCACAGGGACUCUGGCCUCCACCAGCACAACGGCUCCACGGGUUUACACCACCGGGACCAUCAGGUACGCACCGGCGGACGUCACACUGGCCAUGGCGCAAGGCAACCUCCUCCCCAACGCUGCCAUGAAUUUCGUCGACAGCUCCGGGUUUGGUCUGGACCCAAAGACGCCGAUGGAGAUGCUCUACCACCACGUCCACAGGUUAAACAUGUCCGCAGCAGCUGCCGCCGGCCCCUUUGUCGGAUCUCCAGCGGUGACGGGUACCAACGGCGCCCUGGGAGGCCAGAUGCCGACAGCAGCAAAUGUUUUCACCACAGCGGAGGGACUUUUCUCAACGCUACCGUUCCCGGUGUACAGCAACGGGAUCCACACCACACAGACAACUCUGGAGAGGAAGGAGGAUUAACGCGAAAUGUUCGAGACCGCAUUACUGUGUUCAAGGAAUCAACGACAAGACUGCUCACUAGGAAAGGAAACAAAAGACUUUUUACUUUCUUUUAUCAACACAGCACUGUGUUUCUGAGAGCGGGGGAAGGACAGGAGAAGGACGACAGAUGUACUCUAGCACUUUGAACCUGAGCAACUGAGCUUGUGUAAUAGACAUGAAUGACCCUCAAACAUGUCCCACUUUUCUAUCUUCUCUCUCUCCUCCUCAUCCUCUUCGUCUCCUCUCUGCGUCUGUCUCUUCGCUCCUGUUUCUUGCGAUCAGCGAGGUUUUUUUCUCCUGAACAAAUGAACAAAUACAGACUUUCUUUAUUGUAAAGAAUUCCUUUUUUUGCCUACAGAGAAUUCAUAUGACCUGAGGACUCCGCUGGAGCCUGACGGGAUCAUUUUUAUUAUUUGUCUUGUUUCUGUUGCGUCUUUAUGAAGAUGCUGAUUGUUUGUAUUUAAAGGAGGACGCUGCAGGGAUUUGUAAUGGACAGCAAACUCUGUGCGGCGCUCCUCCGUAUGUUUCUUGAUGUGAUCAAGACGUGAAAAGUUUUUAAAACCGAGAAGAGGGAGCUUUCCUCCUGGAAAAGGUCUCCGAGAUAAUAAUCUUUUAAAAAAAAGGUUUUUGAGGAAGUUUCUCGAUCGAGGGAAUAGUUUAGAGAAUUAAUUUGUCUUUAAUUUCUUCCGUUUUUUUUUAAUAAAAAUACUCAGACUUAACUUACAAAUCAAGCAUUACGAAGAAAAACAAACAAAAAAAGCAAUUUCAGCCGGGUAAUGACCUGUGAAAUCUCGAAUGUUACUACUUCCUCUUUUAUCCCAGGAGUUUAUCUACAGGUCUCGCACCGAACAUAACCUCCUCUUCCAUCUCUACACAUCUCAAUCUGUCGUUCUCUCUCUCUCACUUUCACUCCGACUGAUCUUUAAUCUCGCCGUCUGCAUUUCUAGCUGUCGAUCUACAGAUUCAUGGUGCUACCGACCGUCCAGUAACCCUGAUUCAGCUGGCUGAUAUGGGUGCUGUAAACGACCCACGGCUCGCUGACAGACUGACCGCGUUUGUUUGUUUUUGGAGGGGGAACCAUUUUAAACUUUGUUUUUACUCAUCUGACCUUCAGGAAAGUCAGAAACGCAGCAAGAACCUUAAAACCUCCAAGUCAGCGAGAUCACCUCCAUGUGUCCGUCUGAUUGGACCGUGAGGGGCAGCUCUGCCCGGCAACAUGGAGAUGAUUGGUUGAAUUUUAGGCUGUGUAGAGCUGUUUUUUUUUCUAACUUAAUCACUUUUAAUUCUCAGUCAAACUGAGGCUAAUAUGCUAGUGACGCUAACUUGAAAAAUGAAUGUUGAAAACCUCGACCGACUUCCUGUUUUAACGCUCUUUGUUUUCUGUUCGUUCCUCGUCUUCGUUUAUCUCCUCCUCCUCCUCCUCCUCCUCUUCCUCUUCGUCUUCUUCUUCCUAAACCAGAAUCACCUCCACAACAAAGAUGUUUCCUAAACGAUCCACUCUCUUCCAUCUCAUCGCCGGACCCUGUGAUUAAAAACCACAUAUCAACACGGAGAUUGUAAUAAAGACAUUUUGCAUUUUUCAAUCAAUCAAACUCUCAAAACAAUCAAUCCAAUAACGAACAAAAAAAAAUAUAUAUGACAAUUUGUUGAGGAAGAGAAAAGAAAUUCACAUUCCUUUAAACGAUGUUGUCUUUGUCGUUGUUUCCGUUACGUGUUUUUUCCUCCCUGAGCCUCCGUUUGCCAAAAAAAGAAAAAAAAAAAAGAUUUCUCCCGUUUUGGUGUUUUCAAGCACUGUGAUUCUCGUUCAUUUGUACGUUUCCUUCUUUUUGGUACAAAGAGAAAAAAAAAGAUGAGAACAAGUAAUAAAAAAAAAAUACUGUCACAUCCAUCCGACUUUUUCAAGUUGACAGCCCCGUCUUUAACCAUCCCGUCAUCCUUAUUACCCAGUGUGAUUACGCCGUGAAAACGUGUUACCUAUGUGUUUAGUGUCACUGGCUGUCAAAGAGUCUCUCAUGGCGACUUCUCUCUCUGUGUGUGUUGACUAUAUGCAGUAUAUACUGAGCUACUGUAGCUGUUUUUGUCCUUUGUCUUCUCUGUGCUCUCUCUAGUGUGGGGGAGGGGCAAUGGGCGGGGCCACAUUGAGAGAGAGGGAGGGGCGGGGCCUAUUUUGGAUGAUUUCCUACACCAAUGGCACGGCCUCGCGCCUCCUCUCUCAGCCCGCCUCUUUCUCCCUCGCCCUCUCUCUGCAGUCUUAGUGAAACCAGUGGAGGUUUGUGGAAUUUCGUGUUCGGUGGCCUUUGCAAAAAACAGAAAAAAAACUUUGUAGAGUCCACCUUUUUUUCCGCUGCUUCCUUUUUCGUCUUUGUAAGAACUUUUCCGUUUGUUUUCUAAUCCUCUCUCUCUCUCUCUCUCUCUCUCUCUCUCUCUCUCUGUCUCUCUCUGCUGUUGCUUUUCGCUGUUGUGUAGUCUUAAAACAAACCUCUUUAUCUUGCUGUCCUUUCUCUCAGAGAUGAAAAAGAUUCUUUAACUAGCUCAAAGGUUUAUGGAGCCAUGUUUUUUCGCCGCUAAGGAAUUCUGGGAAUCGCAGUUUCCAGCUUUUGCAUAAAUGACUAAUAAAUAUUUACACCACGUAAGAAUAAAUUAAGAAAAGGGAAAAAGCCUAAAGUAGCGUUUUUGUUUUAUUUUGUUUUCAAUGUAGUCCUGGAAAAACCGUAAAAGCCUCAGUUGUGAAACAUUUCCCAGAGUCCCUUGGGGCUUCUUGUGUGCAUUGGGUGUAUUUCAUUGGUUCCCACCAAACUUGUUGACUUCCUGCGCAAACUUCUCUCAAAUCAAGUUACACAAGUGGUUCAAGGGGGGAGAAAAAAAAAAUCUAUUUCAGGACACGUAAUGAAAAAAAAAAAAAAAACGGUUUUAAAGAUUUCUUAAGAAAUUAAAAGAAGAAAAAAAUAUUUCGCACUAUAAAUCUAUUUUUAUAGGUGUUUUGGAAAAAACGGAACUGCAUGUUUAGUAAGUUCGUCCGAUGCGUUUCACGUGACCAAUCCCGUGUUUUUUGUUGGUUUUUUGUUUUCAUUUUUGUCCAUCGUUUUUGUGUUUUGUUUUUUUCACACGUGUCGAGCCCAAACAGGGACGUGAAGGAGGCCCGCUGAAAGGAUCAAGUCUGUACCCGGGCCCCUGGUCCCCCCCUCCCCUCCCCCGCUUAUCAGGAAAAACAAUCUGUAGCGUCCGUGCUUUGUGUGACCAAUCAAUGUCUAACAUACAACAAGCAGCAGGCGAGGGAAUCAAACGGUGGAUUGAUUUAUUUUUGUCUUCGGUAACGGGGAGCGUGCUUCGGCGCCGCUCGUUCUGUCGGUUGAAUGUUAAAUUCAGGAGCUUUUUGUUCGCGCUCCUUUGGAUUUUAGCGUUUUCUACUUUUGGAGGUUUCGCUUGAA